CGUACGGCGGUACUAGUAAGGAGAUCACGUUGUUAUUAGAAAGCAUGGCUCCAGGUGGGAAGAUCAACAGACCCAAAACUGAAUUGGGGAAAAAGCUCUUCAAGAGGCGAAGGCUUUUGACCAAGCAGAAAAGAAAAACUCCUCGCAUUGUUGGAGCAGUGGUGGAUGAAGGACUCAUAACAAAACAUCACCUGAAAAAGAGAAGCUCAAGCUCAAGAGCAAACAUUACCCUAUCUGGAAAGAAAAGACGAAAACUGCUGAAGCAGCUGCGCCAUAUGGAAAAUGAAAAAUCAACCAUGCAAGUUAAGAUAGAGCCACAGAAGAAAUCGACCUCUGCUGACAAAACGAAGAAAACAAAAACUGCUAAUGUGGAAAUGAUGGAUAUGGAAUAAUUAAACAUAUUGAACUUUU